AUGGGGUUCAAGGAUUAUUUACAGGAUGACUUCUCUGUCACGUACUCUACUGUAAAGUGUGCAGACACCACCUUGAAAACACAGAAAGCUCCCGGCCGAGAACUUACGGACUCGUCUUUCUGCAUCUAUGAGAAUUUUAGCUGCAAGAACCGAGAAUGUGCAAACAGUUCAGACACUUUAUUUGCAUGUUAUUAUCUGUUUGGUUUUUUUUUUUAUGUAGAAGGCACAGUCAAACCAGCGGUGUCCUUCAUGCCAAACUGGAGGAAAAUAUUUGUAUAUGAAUCUAUGACCUUGGCAUGUAACGUAGAUCCACGUGUUCAAGGAAUCCGGCGGUUUUACUGGUACAAAGACAAUGUAAGGUUAAACCAACGUAACCAAAGCUUUACCAUUCACUCUGCCUUACAAGAGGAUGGGGGAAGUUAUCAGUGCAAGGCGGACAAAGGCGCGAAGAGCGAUCCCGCCAAGCUCAAGGUUUUGGGUGGUUGGCUUAUUUUGCAAGUCCCUCAACUCAUUUAUGAAGGAGACUCCUUUACUCUGAAGUGUCACAGUUACCCUGGAUACGAGGUAAAAACCACUGUGUUUCUCUUACACGAGAAACCCCUAAACUCUUCAGGAGACGAACUACCUGUCGGGAAAGUGAAUCUAACGACGGCCGACCAAUAUAAAUGCAAAAAGGAAAUAUUCCAUCACAAUGGUUACCGCGUGCACACGGACAUGGAGCUGGUGGUAGUCACAGAAUUGUACUCUUCUCCGGAAAUAACCGUGACUCCGUAUCCAGCGAGAGCAGGCGGCAACAUAACGGUAACCUGCCACGUAAACCGUUCACCUCUCAGACCCGACACAAAACUAGAGAUCGCUUUCUACAGAAACGACCGCAAAGUCCAGGGAUUCGGGUCAUCUGAUAAAUACCAGAUUAGCGCUGCGCGGCCGGGCGACUCCGGCGAUUACUCCUGCGAAGCUAAAGCUACAGCCAAUAACGUGCGGAAAAUGAGCAGAAAAAUAAAUAUCCAGAUACAAGGUGAGUUGUAUUAG